GAACUGUUCCGCUUGUGUGGACCUCCUUCGGUUGAUGUUUGGAAAGAGAAUGUUAUGCACUUACUAGACAAUCUCUUUUCAAUAGAUAUUUCAAGUGGUGUUACUGAUUAUUUGGGUAAAAUAAACUAUGCAAAAUGGAACAUUAUUGACUGCCUUAAAUAUUUGGAUAAAAAAAAUUGUAUGGGGCUUGUAUCUGAAAACAAAGAGGAAAUUUUGGCAGAAAUCAAAAAGCAGCUCCAUUUAAUAAGCAUCAAUCAGUCAUCAAAUAGAAAAGCAUGGGAUAAAGCGAUAAAACUUUACAAAAACGUGGAGAAGCAGUUUCAAUUUAAAGAAACUAUAGCGUUUUUUAUUCAAAUGGAUGAAAAG